AUUAUAUCAGAAUUUGCGAUGAUUUCGAUAGUACAAAAAUCAACAAAACACAUGUGCUGAUGUGAAUUUCUGGCUGUUUUAUUAAAACGUUGAAUUAAUAUUCUUUCUAUUUUAGUUGUGUAGUUAGAAAAGCAAAAUGGGCAAGAAGUUGCAACUAAAGCGGCUACAAUCGCAGCGUUCAGCACAACUGAAAAGAAUGAUCAAAACAACCGAUAGCCGACUCAAAGCAGCCGAUCGUGAUGUUCGAAAAAAGAAAAAAUCUGAGGAAACAGAGCGGAAGCCUAUUGAGAAGCCUCAGGUUAGCUCAGCCAUGUUCUUCCAGUAUAACACUCAACUCGGACCGCCGUAUCAUAUUUUGGUCGACACAAAUUUCAUCAACUUUAGCAUAAAAAACAAACUUGACAUCGUCAAAACGAUGAUGGACUGUUUGUACGCCAAGUGUAUCCCGUACGUUACGGAUUGCGUUGUGGGCGAACUGGAAAAGCUAGGUUCGAAGUAUAAACUGGCACUACGAAUCAUAAAGGACUCACGUUUCGAGCGGAUCAAAUGCAUGCACCGGGGAACCUAUGCCGACGAUUGCUUGGUGCAGAGAGUCACCCAGCAUAAAUGCUACAUCGUGGCCACCAACGAUAAGGACUUGAAACGACGGAUCCGAAAGAUUCCCGGGGUGCCCAUCAUGAAUGUGGCUCUGAACCGGUACGUGAUCGAACGGAUGCCGGAUGCUUUCGAACCGAUGGCAAAGAAAUAAAUGAUGAAUAUAACAUAUUUUAUGAGACUGUAA